CCCCCCGCCCCGCUGCACGUGCUCCCGGUGCCGCCCCGAGCCGUGAUGUCAGAGGGGUUGGGCCGCAACGGCAGCGUGCGGGAAUCGGGCCGGACCGAGCGGCGGCACCGAGCGGAGCCCCGCAGGCAGCGCUAUGGAGGAGAGCUCGGAAUGGGGCACGCUCAGCCCCGAGGAGUUUGCCCAGCUGCAGAAGUACCUGGAUUACAGCAGCAGGAAGGUGCAGGAUGUGCUGCAGGAGUUCUAUCGUGACGGAGCACUGUCCCAACACCUGCAGGGAGAGUGUGUGGAUUUUGAGGGUUUCAAGCUGUUCCUGAGGAGCUACUUGGAGGCAGCUGAUGUCCCGGACACUCUGUGCCAUCACCUCUUCAGGUCCUUCCAGAGCACGGGGCAGACGGGCGCUGAUGCUGACCUUGUCUGUGUUAAUGAUGUCUCCUGCUAUUUCUCCCUGCUGGAGGGUGGGCGCCCCGAGGACAAGCUGGAGUUCACAUUUAAGCUGUAUGACAAGGAUGGGAACGGGCUCCUGGACAGCUCGGAGGUGGAGCGGAUCAUCACCCAGAUGAUGAGAGUGGCCCAAUACCUGGACUGGGACGUCACGGAGCUGAAGCCAAUCCUGCAGGAGAUGAUGAGGGAGAUUGACUAUGACGGCAGCGGUACGGUAUCAUUGGCGGAGUGGCUGCGUGGUGGUGUAACCAACAUCCCCCUGUUGGUGCUGCUGGGCCUGGAGGUGCAUAUGAAGGAUGAUGGGCAGCACAUGUGGCGUCUGAAGCACUUCAACCGUCCUGCUUACUGCAAUGUGUGCGAGACUCUGCUGGUCGGGCUGAGGAAACAGGGGCUGUGCUGCACCUUCUGCAAGUUCACCGUCCACGAGCGCUGCGCCCGCAAGGCCCCCCCCAGCUGCAUCAGCACCUACGCCAAGUCCCGCAAGGAAGCCGGCGUCCAAGCCCACAUCUGGGUGAAGGGGGGCUGCGAAGCCAGCAAAUGUGGCAAAUGCCAGAAGAAAAUCAAGAGCUUCCAGAGCCUGACGGGGCUGCACUGCGUCUGGUGUCACCUCAAGAUCCAUGAGGAUUGCCUGCCCGCUGUGCCCCCCACUUGUGACUGUGGGCUGCUGAGGGAUCACAUCCUGCCCCCCUCCGCCAUCUAUCCCGUGGUGCUGGAGCGGCAGAACAGCCAAAAAGAUGAGAGUGGGACACCGGGUGAGGAGGGUCCUCAGGUCUUCACCACUCCCGAGGGACAGGCGCUGCGGGUGAGACACAUUCCCAUUCUAUCCCCAUCCCCCCAUCCCAUAUCUGUGUCCCCCCCAUUGCCUGGCACUCACCCCCCCCCAUACGUGCAGAUCAGCCCCCGGCCUGGCACACAUCCCCUGCUGGUGUUUGUGAACCCCAAGAGUGGAGGGAAGCAGGGAAAGAGGGUACUCAGGAAGUUCCAGUACCUGCUGAACCCCCGGCAGGUCUACAACCUGCAGCAAGGAGGACCCAACCCAGGGCUCAAUUUCUUCCGGGAUGUGCCAGAUUUCCGCAUCCUGGUGUGCGGAGGGGACGGGACAGUGGGAUGGAUCCUGGAUGCCAUUGACAAAGCCAACCUGCCUCGACGACCACCCGUGGCUGUUCUGCCUUUGGGCACUGGCAAUGACUUGGCACGGUGUCUGCGCUGGGGUGGAGGCUACGAUGGGGAGAACCUGGUGAAGAUCCUGAAGGACAUCGAGGGAAGCAGCGUGGUGCAAAUGGACCGCUGGCACCUGAGGGUGCUGCCCACCUGCCCCAACGAGGAGGGUGACCCUGUGCCUUACGAGAUCAUCAACAACUACUUCUCCAUUGGGGUGGAUGCUUCCAUUGCUCACCGCUUCCACGUCAUGCGGGAGAAGUACCCUGAGAAGUUUAACAGCAGGAUGAAGAACAAGCUCUGGUACCUGGAGUUUGCCACGUCCGAGACCCUCUUUGCCACCUGCAAGAAGCUCAAGGAGUUCCUUAGCAUUGAGUGCUGCGGGACCCCCCUGGAUCUGCGGGGUGCGCUGUCGGGGGUGGCCGUUCUCAACAUCCCCAGCAUGCAUGGAGGUUCCAACCUAUGGGGUGAGACCAAACGCCCCCUGGGGGAGGCGAGACGGUCACCCGGUGCUGCGCAGCCCCCGGCCAUCACCGACCCCGAAACGCUCAAGACCUGCGUGCAGGACCUGAGCGAUCAGCGGUUGGAGGUGGUGGGGCUGGAGGGAGCGCUGGAGAUGGGGCAGAUCUACACCGGGUUGAAGAGUGCGGGCACGAGGCUGGCCAAGUGCUCCGAGAUCACCCUGAGGACGCUGAAAGCCCUCCCCAUGCAGAUUGAUGGAGAGCCCUGGAUGCAGCCACCCUGCACUAUCAAGAUCACCCACAAGAACCAGGCGCCCAUGCUGAUGGCCCCCCCACCCCGCUCCUCCAGCUUCUUCGGCCUCAAGAAGGGCUCAGUGGAGAGCUAAGAGGAACCAGACCCCCCCUUCACAACCUCCUGUCCUUCCCAUCCUCCCCUGUGCACCCAGGGGUGGGUCCCCCCUAUAGGGGCAGUGGGAGGAGGGGCUGGAGUCCCCACCCUGCUAUGCCCCCUUCCCCUCCCCCUGUGCCCUAUUUAUUACCCCCAACCCCCGCGUUUCAAGUGCCUCUUAUAGUAAUAAAGCUGGCGGCUGGGCCCCCCAUCCCACCCCCCCAUGCAAACAGACGGAGCAC